AUGUCUGCAUCACUGGCACCCGAAUGCAACGAAGUCAAGGAGCGCUAUGAUACGUGCUUCCUCAAGUGGUACAGUGAGAAGUAUCUCCGUGGAGUGGAAAAGGACAACAAGGAGUGCGCUGGUCUCUUUACCGAGUACCAGAAGUGCCUUGGAGUUGCCCUGAAGGCGAGGGGGAUCGACAAGUUGCUCGAAGAAGCCAGGGAGGACAACAAGGAGAAUGACGUGAGGCUCAACGCACCACCCAAGAGUGAGUAA